GCGGGGACAUGGCAGGAGAUGACACUUCCCUGCCAGCGGUUAUCCAAAUAUCAGUGGAAGAAAAAUGGCGGAAAAGGGAGAAAAAAGUUUAGAGAAAGGCUUUCUCGCUCGUACAGCCAGUAUCACCUCAAAACGAGCGAAACGUGCUCAGGAAAAGGUCAAGCAAAAACUUGGUAAAGCAAACGAGACGAAAGAUGUCACAUUUGACGAGUUUGUGAGCAACUUCAACAAACAGCAAGCUGCAGCCCAAAAGCUCCAGAAAGAAUUUAAGAAUUAUAACAACUGUGUUAAAGCUAUGCUGUCUGCAAGUGCUGAUUUCAGCGAAGCCAUGAAAGAUGUCUAUGAACCUGACUGGUCAGGACGUGAUGUAGUAUUUAAGCUGCUAGAUCAGCUGCAUGUCUAUUAUGCUGAUCUCCAAGAGAAGCUUCAGGACGAAGUGCUUGGUCCAUUAACAGCCUACCAAAGCCAAUUUCCAGAUAUUAAGGCAAGAAUAAACAAGCAUGGGCGAAAACUGGUGGAUUAUGAUCGUUAUCGACAUAAUUAUGAGGCAAUGAGAGCAAAAGGAAAAGGUGUUGAUCAAAAGAAGUUAAACCAGUGUCAAGAAGAAUUUAGUGAGGCAAAGUCUGUUUACACUAAACUUCAUGCUGAAUUGUAUGAAGAGUUGCCAGCUUUGUAUGACAGCCGGAUAGCAUUUUAUGUAUCAUCUUUUCAGAGUAUUUUUACUGCUGAAGCUAUAUUUCACAGAGAAGCUGGCAAGAUAAAAACACAAAUGAAUGACUUAAUGGAUGGACUUGUAGAUGAGCUUUCAUCUGGCACACAUACCUCAAGGCGGCCAUUCCAGUUAUCAAGUAUAUCACCAAUCUCUGACAGCGAUGAAUCUGAGCAUUUAUCAAAUCCUGGAGAAGUGGCAGAACCAUUAAACACUGAAUCAGCAGUAUGCAAUGAUGAAGAGCCAAGGGAUGAAAAUAUAGAAGCUCCAGCCUUUCAGGGAGUUGAAGAAGAUGAGGGACCAGCGGACGGUGCUAGUCCUGUGCAUCCCAACCUACCCACAAAUGAAGGAUCAGAAGAUGACCUAUCAGAGGAUGAACAGAAGCCUGCAAACAAUCUUCCACCAUCUAGACCACCUGCUCCCAUAGAUAAACCCACUCCUACACCGAGACCACCCAUACUGAAUGCCGCAACAGAGGAUCCAGCCACAAAUGCUGAAAUUCCAGGAGUUCUGUACAAGGUCCGUGCCACUCAUAAAUAUAACGCUGAGGAUGACGAUGAACUGUCUUUUGAAAAGGAUGAUAUCAUUCAUGUCAUAGCAUUUGAUGACCCUGAUGAAGAACAGGAUGAAGGGUGGCUAUUAGGAAUACUGGAUUCAACAAGAAUAAAAGGCGUUUUUCCUGCAAACUUCACUAAAGUGAUAUCUUGAGAUGAGAUUUAGCUAGGCAACUAAAAUCAGUAAGAAUUGAAAUAGUAAAUUUAGCGUAUUCAAGAAAUUAAAUAGAAUACCAUCACUUGAUGGGGCCUGAAAACAAAAUAUGCAACCAUUGAGAUCCCAUCCUGUAUGUAUAUCGCUAACACACAAAAUGAUGGUUUGAACAGGUGGGAGUCGCAUUUCAGGUUUAUUUUUAGCUGCAUUAGCCUAAUUUAUACAAUAACACCAUCACUCUCCCAUUGUCAUGACAUCAUAAACCAUUUUAUUCCAAGCCAUCUAGGAAAACCCUUUUUAUGGUGAAUACAUAAUAUUGUGCUGAAGCUGGUUUUAAAUAAUUAUCACAACUGUGUUUUUGUGCCUUUUCAUUUUUCAUUGUUAAAGAAAAAAAAUAGCUUAGUUUUUCAAUAACAAGGCAAACUAAGAUGUUGUUGUAGAAGCCUACUAAGUUGUCAAAACCUGCUACUUACUAAAACAAGAGAAAACUUCUUAAGGGAUCUUGGUGGCAAAAUCAAAGCUUAAAAUGUUGCGGAGAAAAGUAUAGAGGUCAGUAACUGAGAUUAGCAGAGCAUAGCAUAUAAUUAUCUCUUGUAGCUAUUUUGUUAAAGCCUGAGAACCAAGAGUGAGGCCAAUUUUACUGAUUUGAAUAAUCUUUUAGCCCUCCAUCAAUCACCUAUUAAAGAUUUCUAUGAGAGCUCACCAAGGAAUGGAUUAAUUAACAGCAGUCAUUUCUUACCAAUCCCAUACUUUUUGUUCCUGUGAUGUAAAUAUAUUUUCUAGGUUAAGCCAUACAGUAAUUCCUUGUAGAUAAUACAGUUAUAUAAAGUGGCUCAGUAGAAUUUUUUUUAACAAAGAUAAUAAAUUAAUGCUGUAUACCGCU